AUGUAUGAUCCAAUCAACGGGAGCCUAAGGGCCCUGGAGAUGGGCAGUGCUUUAAGAAUCUGCACUCUCAGGGGCCUCCUAAGAGGCCAUCUCAUGGCGGCUGAACUGGACCGCAACUUCGAACUCGCCUCACCAUCUCUUAUCAGCACCCUCAACAGGAUUUUAUACCGGAUCGUGGAUAUCGUGGCCAUGUUGCCACUUCGCGACAACUGUACAGUUACAUCUGCACUGUGGCCCAGGGACACUCGUGAGAUUAUACGCCGCAUCACCAGGGUUCGAGUCCAGCUGGGGUUGCUGAUGGGCCCUAUGCGAGGUCGAAACUACAGCCCAAGUCCCCAGGCGAAUAUCUUUUGGGAAGUAAUGCUAUGGUAA